AUGGAGCGGGACUACAGCGAUGAGUUCGAGUUUCUCGAGUGGGAUCAGUCGUACGAGACGUUCGUCAAGAUGUGGGAUCAGAACCAGGACGAUGGCUAUCUGGUGUUUACGAAUUUUACCGUGUUCGAAGCGCUGAUGAGGUGUCUGUUGGAUCCGCUGGGGACUUAUCUUCUAGUGUUGGAACCGGAUGACGGUGUUCAGUUGGACGAGGUGACCCGGGUCUUACAAUCGAUUUGGAAGAGGGAAGGAGUUUUUCGGAUUUUCGUCCUGUUCAGUAACUCGGAAAUCUACACCUGGUACCCCUUCGCUCGCAAUGGAACCACAUUCGGGACUUUGGUUAAUCUUUUCGAAAUAGUUGACGGCCAGCUGCCAGAUGUACCGCGGGGUGAUUUCGCGGGAUACCCGCUGGUGAUCGAGAUGUUCGGUUCCACUUACAGUUCGCAGAUUUAUACUGCCAACGGGACUCCCACGGACAUUUUUGUUGGGGCCGAUGUGAUCGCCAGCCGGUUGUUUGCCAAGAAGCUGAAUUUUACACCCAUCUUCUUGCCGCCGGAUUCGGCAAUGUUUGGGCAGCGACUCCCCAAUGGGACCUUUGACGGUGCAAUCGGUCGCCUUACCCGGCACGUUACUGACAUCGCCUUCGUGGGAUUCUUCAUCAAGGACUACUUCAGCAGGGACAUCGAGUUCACCUCGGCACUGUACACCGACGAAAUGUGCUGCCUGGUCAAGAAGGCCAGUCGCAUUCCGGAGUAUCUGCUGCCGGUUACUAUUUUCCCUACGAAUCUGUGGAGUUUGCUGUUCGCCAUGGGUUUGGUCAGUGCCGUUGCCUGGGUCGUUGUGCGAGCUGUCAUCCGGUGGAUGUUGAAGCUUCGAAUCGGGUACGAUGAUCGAAGUUAUUCGGCGGUUCUUUUCAAUCUUUCCGGUAAAACUCGCGCGGCUUCGAUGGGACGGAAGAUUGUUCAGAUUGUGAUCGACACUUACAUUCUGCUCAUAAGUGGACCGUAUUACCGGUUUACCCGAUCCGGCCACGAGCGUCUGAUUCUGGUCGGUAUCAUGAUGGUCAGUUUGAUCUUCGUAUCGAUGUUUACCUCUGGCUUAGCUUCGGUAUUUGUCAACCCUCUUUUCUACAAGGACAUUGACAGCCUUGAACAGUUGGACAAAUCGGGGUACGAUACCCUGGUCAAAUAUCGGGGCUUCCUCGACGACGUAUUCCCGGCCAACUAUAGCCCGUUGAUGGAAUCCCUGCGCAAGAAGAUGAUCUACGCCCCAAGUAACGAAUCUGCCCUGGGACGCGUCGUUCGAAUGGGUAAUAUUGCCACCGUAACUCGGAAAUCGACUCUGACCCUCGAUAACGCGUUCUACCUGACCACGAAACAGCUGCACAUGGUUUCCGAGUGUCCCCGUCUUUAUAACCUAGCGUACGUGGUGCAACGGCAUUGGGUCCUCCUGGAUCUUGUCAACGAUGUCCUGCUGCGGAUGUUGAACGGUGGCCUCAUCAACCAUUGGAUAGCGCAGAUGGACUACAAUACCACGUUGAGGGAUCGAGAGAGGACUAAUCUGGCACAGGAAGCCAAUUUUAAGGUUCUAACGUUGGUGGACGUUCAAUUUCCGAUGUAUAUCCUGGCCAUCGGUCUGGUGGUUGGCUUUUGGGUGUUUGUUGGCGAACUUGUCCACUUCCGAUACAUGAAAGAAUAA